AUGGGCGAUAUUGUUAACAAGUAAUAUCAAUUAUUUUAUUUGUAUUCUUCUAAUAGAAUAAAUUAUAUUUCUCUGAAUAUUUACAAAUUUGCAGGAAUGAUCGAUGUUCUAAACCUGAAAAUGAACUAGACAACUACUCUUCACAAUGUUCAUCUGUGGAUAAAUCUAUUAGUGAUUUUAUUAAAUCAGUUGAAAGUAUAAAAAAAGAUUCAACUACUUCAUUGAAAUAUUCAUCAAGAGAUUCUGGAUCUUCAGAUGAAAUGCAUAUUACAACAUCUUCUUUUAAAAACAAAAAUAAAAUCAAAAUGUCUCCAAUUUAUAAGAAAACAUCCUGUAACAACAGGAAAAAUAUCAAUAGUCAAUUAUAUAGUUCAACUCCACUUUCCAAUUCUGAACAUUCUGUAAAUGGUAUAACUGAACACAUAAGCAAACGAAUAGAACAAUUACAAAAACAUUUGGUUAAAAGUAGUGCAGGGAAAUUGUCUAUCAAACAGUUGAAAAAAUAUGAAAAAGAUAUUAACAGUUCAAAUCAAAAAAAAUUUAAAUCAGAUUCAGAUAAAAAGGUAGUACUUAAUAUAUUAAAAAAAAGUGUAAAUAUACCAUCAAUUGUACAUUUUUCAACUAUAGAAACUACAAAAAGAAAUACAUUUCAAGAAAAUCGUAAAGAAGAUUAUAAAGAUCAGAAUGAACAUUUUGUUAAAAACCAAUCUAUUAUUUUACCAUCAACAAACAACUCAAAAAGUAGUAGUAAUCAUAAUGUUAAAUUAUUAG